ACGGGAGAAAGAGGCGAGAUAAAAGAAGAGGAGAGGGUAGGUACGAAUCGAUUAGGUCUGUCGGCCAUUUUGUUGGCGGCUCGAGCCGGCCAAGUGUCCCACAGCUGCCCCCAGGAGGCGUGGAAGCGACAGAGUCGACUCCACCGGGAGAACGAAUAGCUCGACGUCGGCGUGGAAUCGAGGCUCGAAUUCUCGCCAGCGGAUAGGACGUGGAUGAGCGGGUCGAGUGGUGGGACUGAAAUCGGAGUGGGGUCGAAAAGGUCGACCUCGAAGGUGGGAGCAUCGGCUGGUUAGGUUGGGUUCUAUAGGAACCUAACCGGCAGUCAGUGCCUCCUAGGGCCCCGCGCCGUCAGUUUCGUUGGUGUUGCGUCGUGUAACGUGUCCUCUCUUUCUCUCUUUUUUCUCUCUCUCCUCCUUUUUCUUCCUCGAGCCCUCUCCCUCUCUCCUUUCCAUCCCCUUUCCCUCGUGCGUAUAUACUUUUUAUUUUUCUUUUUUUUUUUACUCGUCGUCACGAUCAACGCCGUCAUUGUCGGCCGCGAGUGAUAAGGAAAUAAUAAUCGCACACACGUGCCACUUUCCACGUUUCUCGUCUCUGACGGAUGCCGCGUAUUCGCCACUUUCUGUCGGACCACGUUCGCCAUUCUCUUUAAUGGGAUAGCACAGCCGAUGUUCCGCUCCGGAACACUUCUCCAAGAGAUCGACCAAAACGGCACUUUGGAUUCGGUCGAGCCGUAGGUAGACGAACAACGAUUCUUUACCGUGCCAUCGACGGAGCGAGGAGUCUCGGGGUGCCUAGACCGGUGAUCUGCGCAGCGAUAUUGGAACAACGUCUCCCGGGUCGGUUAAGACAGUUCCGCAGAGACAGAAUGUUUACGUGACAAAAUGUUUAUGUGACAGGAGAACGUUCGAAGGAUCGAAGAUCGCAAUACCCGUCAGACGAUACGGCAAACGCGAUAGGAAUUUGAGAAAAGUAAUCUGUGCCGAUAACAUCUGUGCUCCUCGGUAGUAGUAAUCGUUUUCGAGAGAAUCGCGACCAAAUAUCGACCAGGGUAAGAUGCAAAGGACGUCGUUCGCCCGGAAGAUCGCAAAAUGGCGUGGGCUGCGGUAAGCUAUCGCUGCGAGUGCGAAUCUUCUCGCUGAAACCGUACAAACCCGAUUCGAUUCGUUCGUUCCGGGGACGAGUGUCUGUGAAAAGGAAAUUCCACGACCAACAUGGCUGUGACGGAAUUCGCGCGAUAACCAACGUGCGAGACACAACGAGUAACGUGAAAUUUCACCAAUUGCACGAGCUACGGUUGUUCUGCGGCGGAUAGUCGAUAGCCGGUGGAAAUUCUCGAGAAUGAAACUACGAAUAUUUGUCGCGACUGACACGUGCAAUUGCCAACCGGACGACACCGCUGGAUGGGUGAAAGCGGGCCAGAGGCGAAGGAAACUGAACUAAAUUUUGUCACGACGCAGCCGAUUCGUCCGAAUACCCUGGACUCGAGCGCAGACUGGAAAUAUUCGUGCGUCGUUCAACCAGCGAAUCGAAUGUCGUAACUUUGUAAAAAAAAGGAAGUGGUUUCCGGUUGGUUUGGUGAGUCGACGAUUUCCUUGGUGGACUUGAUCGGGAAGAGAAAGAGAGUCGGUUCGAACGUCGAGACUUUAGUCAAAUUCUGUACAGAAAAGUAAGUACGGCCGACGGUCGUACUUGGCACGAAGGCCUCAAGAUUGCUCGAAAAUCGUCGAGAGAGGUGCGCAGGGCAGGAAGAGCGAUGGAAAUCGGGGGUGCAGCGAUGCAGAGGAUGGCCGCUGCCGGAGGGCCCGGGCCUCUCAGCCUUCAGGGCCCUCCAAGGUCAGUGAAAAUCUCACCCGUUAACAUACAGGACGAGCCCGGUGACCUCACUUCUCAAAAGAGCACAAGUUCUCAUUGCGUGGGAUGCGGCGGUCGAAUUCACGACCAAUGGAUCUUGCGAGUUGCACCAAAUCUGGAAUGGCACGCCGCCUGUUUAAAAUGCGCGGAGUGCCAACAAUUUUUGGACGAGCACUGCACUUGCUUCGUACGAGAUGGGAAAACUUACUGUAAACGCGAUUAUGUCAGGUUGUUUGGAACAAAAUGCGACAAGUGCAGCGAGUGUUUCAGCAAAGACGACUACGUAAUGAGGGCAAGGAGCAAAAUUUAUCAUAUAAAGUGCUUCCGAUGUUCAGCCUGCAUGAGGCAGCUAGUUCCUGGCGAUGAAUUUGCCUUGAGACAGGAUGGCCUCUUUUGUCGACACGAUCACGACGUUCUCGAGGGUGGGAAACUCUGCUCGGGGCCUGGUGGUGUUCCUGGAAGCGAGAACAACAACAACGCGUCCCUUAUGAAUAAUAAUCAUCAUUUGCACCCCAACGAUGGCUCGAUAUCAGAUUCCGGGUCUGAAAGCGGGUCGCACAAAGCUGGCGUGGGUGGUACUCGAGGAUCGGGCGGCCAUAAAAGCGGCGGCGGUUCUGACGGCAAACCAACCAGAGUUCGCACUGUUCUAAACGAAAAGCAACUUCACACACUGAGAACUUGCUACGCCGCGAAUCCGCGGCCGGACGCCUUGAUGAAGGAACAAUUGGUGGAGAUGACGGGGCUGAGUCCACGCGUGAUAAGGGUAUGGUUCCAGAACAAACGGUGCAAGGAUAAGAAGAAGACGAUCGCCAUGAAACAACAGAUGCAGGAAAAGGAUGGCCGUAAAUUAGGUUUCGGUGGGAUGCAUGGAAUUCCUAUGGUGGCUAGCAGUCCCGUACGACACGAGAGUUCUAUAGGGAUGACACCGCUAGAAGUUCAAGCUUAUCAACCACCGUGGAAAGCCCUUUCAGACUUCGCCUUACAUACCGAUUUGGAGAGGCUAGAUCCUAAUACUCCUUCUUUUCAUCAUCUGGUGUCGCAGAUGCAUGGUUACGAUCUUCACAGCGGACCACCACAAUUACCACCGCCAGGGAUGCUCGGUGGACCGAUGAACGAUGGCGGAGGCGGCGGGGGUGGUGGUUCUUUGCCACCCCCCGGCCCACACCAUCCCAGUAGCGGCGGCCCAGACAUGGGGCAACACCCUGAUAGCACAGAUAGCUAUGUAACUUACCUCGAAAGUGACAGUGACUCUCUUCAUCACGAUACAGGAAGUCCAUAGUGUUGUGCAGUGUGGCCAGAACGAAAGUGUCCGCUUUCUUCGUGGUCUUCUUUCAAUAAGUGCUUGAAGAGAAUCGUAGUCUGCGAGAACAAAUAGGACGAUUACGGAAACGAAACAAAAAUUGCGUUAUCGAAUUGCGGCUUUUUGUGCAAAGAAGCCUGUGACCCUUUCGCGCUUAAUUUCAUAAUCGAAGAAGAACGCGUGUGAAACGUUGUUUAAUCGAGAGAAAAUCUUCCCUUGUGAGACGAAUUGGUGUAAAAAUUCGGUUUAACGACGUGCCAUUAACUCGAUUCUUCGUUAACGUUAAAAUUAUUCAUCGACAACGCGAGUGUCACGUUACGUGGAAAGUUUUGAAUUAGAAGAAUUCGGUAGAAAUGUUGCGGUUGAUUAGUAUUAUUAUUAUUAUCAAUUGUUUCUCGAAAUUACUAUCGAUGGAUCAAAAGAACAAAUUUGAAUUUCCACGCGUAAGGGUUGAGAAAUAUCGUAGUUUUCGAUAAAAACAAGCAAAUUACAGGAACGAUAUAAUUUGCAGAAACACGAGCUUAAAAUAGCGGAACGAGAAAACAAUUAUUUAAAUUUCUAUUGUUGUGCCGAUAGAAACGACCGAAAAUUACUGUACGAUAUGUAAAAAAAGAGAAAUACGUAUCUGAAAAACUCCGAUUAAUUUUUGGAGCGAAUAAGUAAAAUUGAUCAUUAUUUGACGUAGGUAUGUAUUAUUUUACCAGAUCGUAGCAUCGAGCUCGAUAUUUCGUAAUUAAACACUUGUGUCGUGAACGAGAAAAAUUCGAUACAUAAUGAACGCAUUCACUCGCGAGAAAUCUCAGGUAGGAUAUGUAUAAUGAUUCAUGAACGAUAUCGACAAGCGGAUUUGUCGAUUGAAUAAUUGCUCGUUUGUUACGGAACGGUAAUGAUAUUUAACGGAACAGGCGAAGAAAGUAUGUAAAAUACUGCGCCAAUAUUUUCAAAUGAAAUACACCCGUGUAAAAAAAUCGAUUUCUUCGCGAAACUGACAAUGAAUAAUCGAAUAAUUGCGAAUUAAGGACAAAUUUUAUCAUGAUUAUUGUAAUUUCUAAAGCAUGCGAAAGGAGAUUGCAAUAAAAGACGAUCAAACUUAUUGUAUGUCGAGUUGAUUUUACCGUUGUAUCGAUGUCUUUGAACGAAAUUCGCCCUUAUGCACUGAAAUUGUAUUGAAUUGAUAAAAUUGUGAUCGACGAAUUUCAUGAUAAAUAUGAAAAAUGUAUUUAUUAAUUAUCCUUUAGGUACAUAGGAUUAUUUAACUAUUUAAUAAAUUAGAAAGGCGAUUAAUUCGUUUGUUUAUUCUUUAUACAAUUUCAGUGUAUUGUUUAUGGGUGAAGGGGUGCAAUAAGUAUAAUACAUUUUCUUAGGUUAAAGUAUCGCAUUAACAUCGAAAGAUAUUAAUGUUUUGAAAUUGAAUGAAUCGAUUAAAAGUGCUCGAAGGUGUAUCUGAAACUCUGUUCUGCACCGAAGUACAGUAAUUUCAUUGAGGAACGAUGAUUCGAUUGAUCGCGAUAGCUUUUUUUCCGAAUGUCAUUUUAGCCAGUUCGAACGACCAAAGAAUGCUUUUAUCACGAUAGAAAGACGAAAACGAAAAGAAAAGGACGAAGCAGUGUCAUCAACAGAGUUGGACAAAUUUGUAAAUCGCCGUAUAUAAAAAGUAAGAAUUGACGUGGAAGAAUUUACACUGAUAGAUAAAACGUUUACUUCGAUAGCUUUCUUCGUAAUGUAAUCUUUCACCUUUUGAAUUACAGUACAUUUUUUACGACAUAAAUUAUUUUAAGCAACGGAAUAAUUAUUAAACAUUAAUUUCUGCAACGGUAAAAUUAGGAGGAACCAUUACAAAUUCCUCGAUCACAAAUUUUACGUAACAAACAAAAUAAUAUUUGUCGAUCGAUCUAACCAAAUCGAUAUACCAAAAGCAAGUUACUUUAAAAUCUAUUACACAAUACCUUAUUUAUUGCGUACAACUUUUUAAUUGCCUAAAUCAUGCUUGAAAGAACUUCUAAAACUAUCGGUGACAAACAUUUAUUCAAAUAAAAUGUAUUUUAUCGGUUACAAGAAAUAUGUAUCUAUACACUUACCUAACAUGAUUUACUGAUUAUCAGCCAUUUUUAUUCCAACUCGUACUUGUCGUUGACACUAUUUGCAACAAUUAAAAAUUUUCAGAUAUAACAAAGUUUAUUUUUAAUAAUAUCUAUUGUAUUAUCUAUUACAAAAUAAUAAAACAGGUUAUAUCUUACUUUCCAACUCUGUUCUUUCGUCCGCAUUGUUGUGAAUACAGAAGUGAACGACUGUCUCACUGUAAAUAUAGUUGUGUCCACUACAUAUAAAUUUGAAUCAUGAUGUACCGCCAGGCGCAGCUAAUUCAUAAUAUUGAUUACACGAAUAGCCGAGUUAUGUAUAAAGGAUUAAAAAAAAAAAACAUAAAAAAUGCAAGUAACAUUGACGAUAGCGCAUUACCCCCUGAUUUAUGUUGUAACAAAUCAUAUUGUAAACGCAGGUACAUAUGUACAUUCGAUUAAUACCAAAGUGUGCGAAACUUCAUGUGAAGACGGAAACGCACUGAAUUGUAUUGUAAAUAUCGUCUCUAACCCUCCCCUUCCUCCUGAUCCUAACCUCGUUGUCGCUAAUUAGUGGUUCGUUUUAGUGGUGAUUCGUUUAGAUGUUUGUAUAGAAUCGUUCCAUCACCGCUCCUCUCGUAAUGUACAUGUUUUGAAAGGGAGAACACCGUAGACCUAACAUUUUCGUAAUCUAUUCGAAUCGUCUUCGAAUUUGUAUAAUAUUUCUAUACCGGCGCACACGUAAUAAACUGUCCAAUUAAAUUA